AUCAUGCUCAGCCAUAAAUACAAGCUGAGUCUAAUUACCUCCACACUUUCCUAAUGGACGCAGGACGGGACAGACCUGAGCUGGCCAGAAGCUAUGAGGGCCCGUCGUGGUCUGACUUUGACCGAGGUUUUUGCACAGACCAGAGUCUCUCCAUUUCCACAGCUUCCUCCGACGGGCUCCUGAAGCCAAACAAAGGCAUCGUUCUGGAGUAUUCCGAGCCCAAUCCUGCAGUCCCUCCAUCAUUAAACUUCUCCACGGGUCUCCUAUCUCCACUUGUGGCCCUCAGUAAAGCUCUUUCUCCAGGAAACGUGCUGAACGCUGCGCUGAAGAGCCCGGUGGAAGGUAAAUCCUCCACGCCCUAUGAGAGAAUGCGCUUCCAGAAACCAGUCCUGGGGAACUCGCUGGACCUCUCCUGUGUGGAUCUGACUGCCUCGCACCCUUGCUGGGAGGUGUCUCUGGUAAAGGCCAUAGUGGAGAGCCCAAAGUCCUGUUUGGAGUCAACAUGGAGCCCCAUAAACCAGUCUGCGGCUCCUGAAGCCUCGAAUGUGUGGUCGGGGGGAGUUUCAGAGGAUCUGCAGAAGUCCUGGAGGGAGAUGAUCGGUCAGUCUGCAGUGAUGCCGGAGCUCAGGGAGAAAUGGAGUGAAUCUGAUCUGGCCAUAUGAUGGAUGUGCUGUUUUAUGUGUGUGUUUAAUGCAACACUUUCAGUGAAGAAUUUAUAAUGUUCUUUUUAAAGGGAUAGUUCACCCAAAAAUGAACAUUUCUCAGCAUUUACUCCCUCAAGCGCCUUCUGUCGAACACAAAACAAGAUGUUCUGAAAAAUAUUGGCAAACACAUUAGGAAACACAACAAAUACACUAUGGAGAUCAAUUGCUGUUUUCCAGUAUAUCCUUCUAUGGCAGGGGUGUCAAACUCAAUUCCUGGAGGGCUGCGGCCCUGCACAGUUUAAUUCCAACCCUGCUUCAACACACUUACCUGUAGGUUUCAAACAAGCCUGAAGGACUCAAUUAGUUUGAUCAUCUGUGUUUUAAUUAGGGUUGGAACUAAACUGUGCAGAGCUGCGGCCCUCCAGGAAUUGAGUUUGACAUCCCUGUUCUAUGGUAUUAAAUAGAAAACAAGAUAUUUUGAAGAAUGUAGAUUAAAACCGUCUUUGACAUCCAUAAUAGGAACAAAAUCACUAUGGAGAUCAAUGGCUUUCCCCCCAGUAUGUCAUGGUUUUUUGAGCUUAAUAGAAGAAACCUUAACCGGUUUUGAAGUGCAGGAGUAAAAAUUGAGGAUUUGUAUUUUUGGGUGAACUGUCUCUUUUAAUAUGCUAAUUAAUUGCACUCAUGAAUUUGUAAGUGUAUGUUUAUUACAAGUGUAUUUACAUGCAAAUGUUUUCCAUUAAAGAAAAUAAAUAUUUUUAAGUUGCA